AUGGACGCCGCGACGGCAUAUCCAGACAUCCAUCAGCACGACCUCGUGAGUUUCGGGCCGGGGCUCCGCGACUGCGGCGUAGUUGAGGCCAAGGGCGCCGCGGUGGAGGAAGACAGCACCUCUCCCCCGGUCCACACGUUCAAGAUUCUCUGCCUCGACAACUCCACCGUGACCAAGAAGGCCAGCGACCUCACCGUGAUUGACAGGAGCUACCUGAACAUUGCCCAGGUGGUUGCCUCGGCGUCCAACGUCGGCGGCCAGAUCGGCUCCAUCACCGGCGCCACCACCAUGCUCGACCUGGUCAAGCUCGACGAGCGCGGCGAAGUGGUUGAGACCGUCAGCGGCGUGUCGCCGUCUCGCGUGCGGCGUGUCAGGCCGCUCGGCCCCGGCGACCUGGUCGUCUCCGGGCCGUGGCUCGGCCAGGUCUCCAACGUGUCCGUGGACGUCAACGUGUCGUUCGACGAUGGCGCCGUCUGCACGGUCGCCGACGCGGAGGGCAACGAGAUGCUACGAACAGUUUCGGAAUACCACUAUGAGAAAUACCUCCCUCAGAAGAACAGUCGUUUCUUCCCGGGGCAGCGGGUCGGAAGUGCUGGUAGUGUUUUCAAAGACGCCAGGUGGCUUCGUGGACACUGGAACGCCGACCGCGAUGUAGGCACCGUCGUGAAGGUGGAGAUGUCCGGCGUCCACGUCCACUGGAUCGCGUCAGCACACUGCGGCACCGACAAGCGGCUCGUCGAGGAAUCCGCUCCUCCGGCCUACCAGAACCCUCGCGACUUGACCUUCUACUGCGUGGCUUACAACAAUUUCGGCUGGGGGCCAGCUGACCGCUGCUUCUUCACCGAGCCAGGUUCGACGCAAGGUGAUUCAUCUUUUGCUCAUGAUCCUCAACUGGAGGAGGAGGAGCAACAACAUGGCGCAUGCUUGGAUAAGGUGGAGCUGCCCAUGACCGUCGCCAAGACCCGCACCUAUGUCGACGUGUUGUGGCAGGACGGCACACAGCAACAUGGCGUGCCAUCGGAGUCCGUGGUCCCUUUUAACAACAUCAACGACCAAGAAUUCCUCCCUGGUUACCAUGUGGUUGACAAUGCAUCUCUUGACGGCGCAACCGUCAACGAUGACACUGCUUCAGAUGGUAGUACUAAACCGACUAGGCGCGUUGGUGUCGUCAGGACCGUCUGUUGCAAGAACCAAACGGUAAAUGUGUCAUGGUUCAAGGCGGCGGCAUGCCCUAACGGGGCUAGGGAGGUCGAGUGCAAUGAUAUCGUGAGCGCCUAUGAUUUAGAAUUGCAUCCUGGCGACACCACUGACCUAGGAGAUACUGUUGUUCGCCUCCUUCCAUUAGGAUCAUCUGACGGCGAAACAUCAAUACAAUCACAGAGCAAGACGGAGAAGAACGUUGGCCCCACCAACCUUUCCUGGGUGGGAUGUGUUAUUGACCUUCCUGAUGGCCACGUGCAAGUCAAAUGGGGUGACGGUAGCAUCUCAACGGUGUCGCCCCAUGAGAUCGUCGUCGCCUACGAGGAGGACUACAUGGAACUAAAAGAUAAAACAGAUGAGGACAGCGACACCGACUCAGCCAGCACGGUAUCUACUUAUCCAACAUUCUACUACUUCUACGCACUUGACAAUGAUCCAAUGAAUCCAGCAGAGGAUGGCGAUGCUGAAAGCGGCAGCGGUGAAUCCAACGAAGACGGCCUGUUACAAUCAGCGACGUUUAAAGGCCGGUUCAGUUCUUUCGUCUGGUCUCUGAUCCGAUUGGCCUGCGAAGUGCUGUCCCAGGGUAAGGGGUUCCUGACGAUGUGGCCUCUGUCAUGGUUCCCAAACUCGGGGUUACCUGCACCCACCAAGGAGAACAUCCGAGCACCCACCAACGCAUCCGGAGGGGAAAAGAAUGCUACAGAUGCUACCACUGAUGACCAAUCUUUCCGUUUCUCACAUUUUGAUGUGCUGCAGAUCCCUCCUGAUCACCAUUAUAUUGACACCGCAGAUGAGGUUAGCCGUGGAAAGAGUUGGCCUAAGACAGUACAAAAGGAAUGGAAAAUUCUAGAGAAUAACUUGCCAGAGACCAUCUACGUGCGAGGGUUCGAGGAUCGCAUGGAUCUUCUGCGUGCGGUGAUGGUUGGAGCGAGUGGGACGCCAUACGAGGACGGGCUCUUCUUCUUCGACCUCCAGCUGCCACCGUCCUACCCAGCCGUGCCACCGCAGGUGUACUACCACUCCUUCGGUCUAUGCCUCAAUCCCAACCUCUACGAAUCCGGCCAUGUGUGCCUCAGCCUGCUCAACACAUGGGGCGGCGAGGGGACUGAGGUGUGGUUACCGGCCGAGUCGAGCCUCCUCCAAGUCCUUGUGUCCAUCCAGGGCCUCGUCCUCAACGACCAACCAUACUACAAUGAAGCUGGCUACGAGACCUUGGUAGGUACACCAAAGGGCCGCCGCAAUGCGUUGCCCUACGGAGAGAACGCUUAUCUUCUCACCCUCCGGAGCAUGCUCCACAUACUGCGCCGCCCGCCCCAAAAAUUCGAGGCGUUCGUCAAGGACCACUUCCGCAGCCGGGGGAGGUUUGUGCUCAGGACAUGCGAGGCAUACCAUCAAGGAUGUGUUGAUGCGAGCGUCUUGGGAGAUGCUGAUGCCACCGUCGUAGGUAGAGAGCGACCUUGCUCGGUCGGGUUAAAGCUUGCUCUAGCCAACAUGAUACCAAGCCUCGUGGCGGCCUUCAUAGAGAUCGGCGCCGAGGGGUGCGAAGAGUUCCAGAAGAUGAGUGUCUCAUUGCCACAAUCUCUUAGCACCACUCAAUAG